AUGUCCGACAACAAGUGUACGUUCAAUCUGAAUGAGAAUGACCCGACUGUGAUGACCUACGCGCCACCCGACCCACUAAGUGCUGGCGCUCAUGUGAAGGAUUUGCCCGGCUAUCUGAAGCUCUACGACCGCUCGGUUCGCGACCAAGACUUUUGGCUGGGCAUUGCGCGUGAAUUGCACUUUGAGGAGUUCUCCGGAAACGGCCUGGAGUUCAACUUUGACAUCCGAAAAGGCCCCAUUUACACCAAGUUUUUGGCCGGCUCCAAGACCAAUUUGGCCUACAAUUGCCUGGAACGGAUCAUUCAGUCCGGAAGAGGCCAGAAGAUUGCCUAUCGAUGGGAAGGUAAGAGGCUAUCGCCAUUUUUUUAAAAUUUUUUUUGCCAUUGAUAAUAUAAUUUUUGGAUUAUUUUUUUUCAAUGUUUAGGAAAUGAGCCCUCCGAUCAGACCCACAUCACCUACGAGGAAUUGCAUCGCCAAGUGAAGGCGUUCGCCGUCGCCCUCCGCGCCCGUGGCGUCCGCAAAGGAGACACGGUCGCCAUCUACCUCCCCAUGAUCCUCGAGUUGCCUGUGGCGAUGCUGGCAUGCGCCCGGAUCGGCGCCCCUCAUACCGUCGUCUUUGCCGGGUUCUCGUCCGAGUCCCUGGCCGAGCGAAUGAUCCAAGCCCGGACUCAUGUCAUCAUCACGGCCGACGCCUUCGGAAGGGGCGGAGCCAAGGUGGUACCCCUCAAGAAUAUGGCCGAUGUGGCGGUGAGUAUGUGCCGCAAACGAGGGCUGGACGUCCAUACUCAGGUAAGAGAUCGAUUUUGAUUUUUUUUUUGAUUUUUUAGACAAAAAAUUUGGAAUUUAAAAAGAAUAAUAAAAGAUACAGUGUUGAUCCAGUGGCAAAAAACGUACCGUUUUGCAUGCGGGAAGCAUCAAAAAUGUGGCAAAAUCCCUCCCUCUCCAAGUAAAAAACACCGUUUUGAAGGGCGAUCACAUAAAAGAACCAGGCGGGCUUUUUAAAAUUGGAGUUUUUUCACUUGGAGAGGGAGGUAUUUUGCCACAUUUUUGAUGCUUCCCGGAUGCAAAAUGGUUUGUUUUUGCCCCUGGAUCAGGUCCCCCCACUGUAAAUAAACUCAUAUGAAAGCCUAAUAUUAUGUUUGCAGGUGGUUGUGGAGCACAUCCACCGAGUCAAAACGCCCGGCAACCAGCCCGCCCCCAAGGUCGACUACCACCCCAUCGACCUGAAAUACGCCCAACUCCUCGCCCAAUACGAGGACGCCGACUCGCCGGUGGAGUGGGUGGACGCCGAGGAGCCCCUCUUCAUCCUGUACACCUCCGGCUCCACCGGCACCCCCAAGGGAAUCGUCCACAGCACCGCCGGCUACAUGACCUACGCCUACGCGACCACCAAAUUCGACUUCGACGCCCAGCAAGACGACGUGUACUGGUGCACCGCGGACGGCGGAUGGAUCACCGGACACACCUACCUGGUCUACGGUCCGCUGCUGAACGGGCUGACCUCCAUCUUCUUCGAGGGAAUCCCCACUUAUCCAACGGCCGCCAGAACUUGGCAGGUCGUCGAAAAGUAUAAGGUAAGGGGUUUGUUUUGUAUGGAAUUGAAGAUUUAGGCGCUAGAAGAACUAACUAAGCCAUUUUCGCUUGAAGUUUUUUGUUUGGCUCUCGGUUUUGAUGAUAUUUUUGUAAUUUUCUUGCCUAGUGCAAUAUAAUUUUUUGACCGGAAAGUGGUGAAAAAUUAAGUCUAGGCAGUUUUGAGGGUAAUUUGAAGUCUGUACAAGACAUGAUUUAGUGAUUGUGCUUGAUUUUUUGACAAAUUUUGAGAUUUUUUGCCUAGUGUAAUAUAAUUUUUUGACCGAAAACUGGUGAAAAUUGAAGUUUCUGUGACUUUCAGAUAUUGUUGAAAGCAGUGGUAAUAUUUGUUUUUUGAAGAACACUGUUUUUGAGGGUUUUUUAUACCGCCUAGUACAAUAUAAUUUUUCAGGUGACCAAACUCUACACCUCCCCCACUGCUGUCCGCUCCCUGAUGGGUUUCCCUGACAACAUGGUAAAAGACCACGAUCGGCGCUCCUUGAAGAUAAUCGGCACCGUCGGCGAGCCCAUCAACCCGCAGGCCUGGCUCUGGCUCUACGAGUUUGUGGGCGAGCGGCGUUGCGCCAUCAUCGACACGUACUGGCAGACCGAGACCGGGGGGCACGUGAUCACCGCGAUCCCGGGCGCCGUCCCCACCAAGCCCGGCUCCGCGACCCUGCCUUUCUUCGGCGUCCAACCGGUCUUAUUGGACAAUGAUGGGUGCAUUAUUGAGGGCCCCGGGGAGGGAAACUUGGUAAGGAAGGGGGUAAUAUUAUGGGCGAUAGGCAUGAAGGGUGGGGUAGAAUUGAAAGAAGGGUAAAAUAUGUGGAUUUGAAAUGGUCCUGGACAUUGGUUUAGGCUGGGGGUGGGAUCAAAAAAAGAUUGUUGAAUUUGGAAAAUGUGGAGGGGGUUUUGAAGAAAAAAAUGGUGUAGAGUGAAGAAAAAGAGGCUGGGAAGAAAGGAGAAUAGAAAUUGGUUUAAAAUACGGUAAUGCGAGACAACUUGGGACCUUGUUUUAGAGGUCAGAUGGACGAUUUUAAAAAAAAUUUGGAAUUUAAAAAUUGUCUGGAGGGUUUUUAAAAAAAGUUGGAUUUUAGGAUGUUAAUGAGGCGACUAGGGAAUUCCAGUAGAAAUCAGGGUAAAAUACGGGUUUUUUCUGAUAUUGUUUAUAGUCCUUUUGGACUUGGUUGAUGAUGAUCAAGUUGGUCUUCAAAUUCUAAAACCUUAACCCCAAAAUUUUCAGUGUUUCCCCGCCGCAUGGCCCGGCAUCUCGCGCACCGUGCUCGGCGACCACGAGCGCUUCGAGAAGACCUACUUCAAGCCGUUCCCCGGCUAUUACUUCACCGGCGACGGGUGCCGCCGCGACUCGGACGGCUAUUAUUGGAUCACGGGCCGCGUGGACGACCUCAUGAACGUGUCGGGGCAUUUGCUGUCCACCGCCGAGAUCGAGAGCGCCAUCACCGCCCACCCGGACGUGGUGGAGUGCGCGGUGGUGGCGGCCGAACACCCGGUCAAGGGGCAUUCCCCAUACGCCUUUGUCAUCAUGAGAAAAGUGAGGAUUUGGAAGGGGAUUGGGGGGAAAUCGAGGGAGGAAUUGGUUUUUAUGGGUGUUUUAGGGGCUGGGGUUUAUUUUACGGGGGCGAUUUUGGGUAUGGCAAGGGGGGAUUGUGGAGAAAAUUGAGUGGGAAAAGUUGGUGGAAGGUUUUUGGAAAAGAAAAAAGAAGAGGUCACUGAGGUAAAAUUCUAAUAAAAAUCGGUGAUUUAGGAUGUGAAAUGGUGGUAUCUUCCAGAAAAUUUUAUUUUUAAUUUUAUUUUCACUCUUUAAUUUUUAAAAUUUUUGGAAAAAAGUUUAAAUUGGACUUGUUUUCAGGACCGAAAACUCACCGAAUCCACGGUGAACGAGCUGAAGGCGGUGGUGCGCGAGAAGAUCGGGCCCAUCGCGGUGCCGGACAAGAUCCAACUCACUCCCGGACUGCCCAAAACUCGCUCCGGCAAGGUGACGCGACGCAUUUUGAGGAAGAUUGCGGAAGGCGACGCCAACGCCGACCUCGGCGACAUGUCCACUCUGGUCGAAAGCACCGUCAUCGACGACCUCUGGAGAGGCCGCAAAGUCCCUGUGCGUACCGGCUAAGCUCGAGUUGUGGGCACAGAUUUUCCAACUUUCAAUUUGAGACGGAUUCCCCUGAUUUUCCCCCAAAAUUUUGCAGAUUUUUCUUAUUUUUUUAAAAAUUUUUUAAAUUUUUUGUAUUUUUCUUAGUUUUUUUCAAUUUGAAUUAGGUCUUGAGGAUGUAAAAAAAGAAAUUCACUGAAUUUUUCACAGUAUUUACGGAUAUUUUCCAGUAAUUUUUUGGAGUUUUCACCAUUUUUUUGGACCUUAUUUUAGACGAAAAUUUGUUGUUUUUUGUAAAAUUUUUUUCAAUUUCAUAGCAAUCCAAAUUGUAUAACCCCUCUGAAAUUGUCUCAGCAAAGAAGAAAAACUUGUAAUUCACAUUUAGUUUGUUAUUUUGUUAGAUUUUUAACCGAUUUUUUUAUUCAUUUUUGUAGAAAUAA